CAGCGGCCCGGGGUUGCCAUGGAGACGGAGCAGGCCGCUUCCGGUGGAGGCCGCAGGAUGCUGAGCCCCGACCGCCUCGCCCAGAGCGGCCCGGACUACCUGGCUCAGCGACACGUCCUCACGUAUAUGGAAGACGCAGUGAGCCAGCUGCUGGAAAACCGGGAGGAGAUAAGUCAAUACGGAAUUGCCAGGUUCUUCACUGAUUACUUUAACAGUGUGUGUCAGGGAACUCAUGUUCUGUUCCGCGAAUUCAGCUUCAUUCAAGCCACUCCCCACAACAGGGCGUCCUUCUUGCGGGCCUUCUGGAGGUGCUUUCGAACAGUGGGCAAAAAUGGAGAUUUGCUGACCGUGAAAGAAUAUCACUGUCUUCUACAACUACUUUGCCCUGACUUCCCACUGGAGCUCGCUCAGAAGGCAGCCAGGAUCGUGCUCACAGACGACGCCACGGAUUGCUUGAUGUCUUUUGCGGAUUUCCUCUUCGCGUUCCAGAUUCAGUUUUACUACUGCGAAUUCCUGGAGAGCGUGGCCACUAUCUAUCAGGACCUGCUGAUGGGCAAGAGCCCCAACACCGUCAUCGUACCCACCUCCUCCAGCGGUCAGCACCGGCAGCGGCCGGUCCCAAGCGAGGCCGCCACCCCUGAAGGGGUGGAGGCGACGCUCUUCUGCCAGUGCCUCGAGGGCCUGUGUGAGCGGCACAAAUGCAGCUGCCCUCCCCCAGCCCUCCUCAGAGAGGUCCUGAGCGGUGCGCAGAGACUGACCUUCUAUGAAUUCCUUCUGGCUCUCGCCAAGCAUCAGGGAAUCAACCGGGCCCUGGGGGCCCUGCCAGACCGAGCGGAUCUGAUGCACGAUCCCCCCAUGGACGAAGAGCUGGAGAAACUGCUGGCCCAGGUGCCCGGGCUCCCGCCUCCUUCGGCCUGCGGCGCGGAGGGCGGCGGCCAGUCCUCCCGGACGCCGCCCCGCGUGGCUUCUCCCUGGAGGCCGCUCCACCAUCCCCGCAGACCGGACGGCGAGAGCGAGGGCUCCACGGAAGAGACCGACGAGUCCGAGCCCUAGGAGAAGCGUGUGGGCCCCUCUCCGGGCCCGGCCUCCUCCCCCUCCCUCCGGCCCGGCCCUUCCCUGCCCGUCCCUGCCCCGUCCUGCCCUUCCUCCGGCCCGGCCCCGAGGCCUCGGCUGUGGCCUGGGCGGCCCGGUCGUGGGCCCGGUCCUCGCCGCCCUCUGGGCGAGGCUGCCAUCUGCUGGGCCGCAGCCCUAACGCUAAACCCCGAUGCCCCGGCCCACCCGGCCCCUCCACCCGUGUGCCGUCGAAGGCGAGGCCUGGCCCUGGGCCGGGGAAAAGGGGGGACGCUCGGGGGGCCUCGUAGCCCCCCCCUCCACCUCCCGUUCGGCUCCGUCAUCGUUCGGGUCCCCGCCCCGGCCCCCGCUCGCCCUCGAAAGAGAACCCCCCCCGCCCCCGUGCCCCUCGCCCCUGCACGCCGCCGCUCCCGGGUGGCCGGGGGCCGGCGGAGCCCCAUCCGACCCACUGCCCACGCCACGUUCCCCCCGGAGCGGUCUCUGGACCCGAAAGGGAGGCGACUGGCUGUCGAGAUCGUCCGAAACCUCGCGCGCCUCGCCCCGAGCGGAGAACCGGCGGCGUCGCUUACGCCUCGUCGGGAUCAUCUGCCCACGUCCCGGCCGGCGGGGACGGAGGCAGGGUCGAGCGGACGGGGGAGGCUGCCCCGGGGUGGGGGAGGACACCGUACGACGCUUACCUUCCUCCCCGCGAAGCCCGCUUUCGGGAAUCGGUCCGCAACCUCCCAGUGCCGGACCCCUAGAGGUGGAGUUUGGAGAGGGGCAGUUUUUUCUUUAAAAAAAAAUAAAUCGCGUCAUCCCUUCUGAGCCUCCCA